AUGCAACAACUCGCCGCAGCAUGCCUGCCCGCCUACGUUUGCCCCCCGGGAACGAAAAUGCACCUACUGAAUCUCGGCACCAUGAACGUCGAUGAAGGGUGGCUCCUCGUCGGCGCAAAUGGCGGCACAGCGAGUAACCCCAACCCGACGAACAAGCGCCGCGACCUUAUGCUCAUUGCGGGAUUGAUCGAGCAUCCUGAGAUGGGACUUAUUCUUUUCGAGACGGGGAGUGCCGAGGAUGUUGAUCGGCAAUGGGGCCCAGUCUCAACAGACCUCUUCCCCCGAACCCGGUACGAAGAAUUCCACCACCUCCCUGCAGCGAUCAAGCGCGCGGGAUACGACAUCAAGGACGUCAAAGCGGUUAUCAUGGGCCAUUUGCAUCUGGAUCAUGCGGGUGGCCUCGAACAUUUCCGCGAUUCGGGCGUGCCGAUAUAUGUGCAUGAGGAGGAGUUUAAGCAUGCGUGUUGGGCGGCGGCGACGGGGGCCGAUGGGGCGGUAUAUUUAGCCGACUACCUCUCCCUCGACCACCUAAACUGGAUCACAUUCUCCGAAUCGCAAUACGACCUCUGCACAGGAAUAACCCUGUACCACUGUCCAGGCCACACACCCGGCCUCUGCAUCAUGCAAGUGAACCUAAAAGAUGACGGGACAUUCAUCUGGACGACGGACCAGUUCCAUGUGAAAGAGAACUACGAGCAGAACCAGGCGCAGGGGUGGCUGCUGCGCGACCACAAGGCGUGGCAUGAGAGUGGGAAGUUUAUCAAGCGGUUGCAGAGGCUUUUUAGUGCGAAGCUGAUUUUUGGGCAUGAUUAUGAGACGGCGGAUUCGUUUAUGCAGGCGAAGACGGUUUACCAGUGA